UUCUGUCCUCCCAACUUUGCUGUUAACGACGGUGGAACUACAUUAUUGCUGUCGGAAACGUUCUUUCGCCAUAGUAUGUCCGAACAAAAGCAAAAUAGGAAACAGAAACGCAAAGACAGAGCUCUAGUGCUGAAGCUAACGGACCACAACUACCUUGCUAGCCAAAAAGAAAACAACGGCGGGAAAAUGGACGACGACUUUUCAACGGACUCGGAGGCUGCUACACCGGUUGGUAGCCCCUCUUCCAGCCCUGCCUUCAAAGUAAAAAGGAAAGAAAAGAGCGACUUGUCCCUGGAGGAUCUUCAGGCUAACAUUCUAGCUGCAGUUAACCAGAGAGCUGAUAACCUGGAAAUGAUGGUAAGAGACAACAAGUCAGGCAUCGAAGAGCUGAAAACCUCCAUGAAUUUUGCCUUCGCCGAAAUCGAAGCUUUGAAAAAUGACAACAAAAAGUUAUCUGAGCUCUGCAACAGUAAUGAAAAAACUAUAAAACUCAUGGAAAUUCGGCUCACUGAGACUGAAAGAUACAGGCGGAGAUGGUCUCUAAGGCUGUAUGGGCUACCAGAGGAAAAGGAGGAAAAUGUAAAAAGAAAGGUGAUAGACAUUUGUCAGCAGAUUGCUCCUAACCAAAAUAUGAAUCAAGCCAUUGAUGUCGUACACCGAAUUGGAAGGAGGGACGCUGGCAACACGCAUCCUCGCUCCGUGAUCAUCCUCUUUGCCUUCCGCACAGUGAGGGACGACACCUGGAAAAAUGCACGAAAACACACUUUCCUGAGGGAGAAGAGGCUCCGCUUUGGCGAGGAUCUCACUCAGGCUGACAAGAAGACCCGAGAGAGGCUGUGGCCCCGCAUCGAAGAAGCGAGGAAACAAGGAAAGCGAGCUUUUUUCAGAGGAACCCGAGCCUUCAUAGAGGAUGUGGAGAUCCUUUAAGAGGGUUCCUAAUGAGCUACACUAGGACGUUGUUGUAAACUCUGAACCUGUGCCCUAUCUUUCUGUGGCUGUUUUAAGGGUCUUCACUCACACCCCGAUCCUUCAGGCUCAGCUGUGACGAGGUCCACAAGAUGAGGAGUACAAAGACUCCCAGACCAAGCCUCCCAAGUCCUGCCAUAAGGCUCCGACCUCCUAGCCUCACUCCCAGAAAGGAGCGGCUCGGCCCAACAACAAUAAGGAUAGCACCAGAAUAUUUUCCUGAGAUUCAGUCACUUUCUGUCACUCGGACAAUCAAACACUCUGAGACCUCCAGAUUAAAGGAGCUGUUCUGAUAACGGCACCUGUCAGGUAGACGUCCUGCAGGGUUUCGGGGGUCUUAAAAAGUCUAAAAUUUCAAUCAAAUUUAAGGUCUCCCUGUCUGCUCCCCUGAGUUUAUCCAUCAGCAGUAGGUUAAGUUUUAUAAAGUUGCCAAAAAGACAAAGAACUAAAGAACUCUUUAAUUACGUAGCUUGUCAAUAUCAUCGUUCAUCCACUCAACCCUAAUUUGAAUACAUUGAUUUACAAAGAAUGAAAACAAACUGAUUAUCAAAAUUGUUACUGGUUAAUUAUCUGAUGAAGCAGUCACUUACUUUGUCUAUUCAACUUUAUGCAAGAUGUGCCUUAAUUUGUGUCUGUUAAAUGUAGAA